CAAAUUCAUACCAAGGAGAAUCCCUAUGAAUGUAAUCAGUGUGGAAGAGCUUUCAGGGGAAGCUCAAACCUUAUCCUGCACCAGAGAAUUCAUAGUGGAGGGAAGCCAUAUGUAUGUAAUGAAUGUGGGAAGGCCUUCAAUCAAAGCUCAGAUCUUAUUAUCCAUCACAGCAUUCACAGUGGAGAGAAACCCUAUGAAUGUAAUGACUGUGGGAAAGCAUUCAGUCAGAGCUCCCAUCUUGUUAACCACCAGAGAAUUCAUACUGGGGAGAAACCCUAUGAAUGCAGCGAAUGUGAAAAAGCCCUCCGGCAGAGUUCCCUUCUUAUUCAGCAUCAAAGAAUCCAUAGUGGAGAGAAACCCUACAAAUGCCCUGAAUGUGGGAAAGCCUUCUGUGGGUGCACAGUUUCUCUUAAACAUCAGAGACUUCAUAUUGGAGAAAAACUUGAAUAUGAGAAAGCUUUCAGUUCAGAUUCAGAACUUAAUGGACAGGAGAGAAUUCACAAGGAAAAGAAAUCUUAUGAAUAUAAUGAAUGUGGAAAAACCUUCCUAGGCAGCUCAGAUCUUAUUAGAUAUCAAACAAUUCACACUGGAGAAAAACCUUUUGAAUGCAGUGAAUGUGGAAAGGCCUUCAGCAGGAACUCAGUCCUUAUAGAACAUCAGAGACUCCAUACUGGUGAGAGGCCUUAUAAAUGCAGUGAAUGUGGGAAAGCCUUUAGGGGGAGUUCUCAACUUAUUCAGCAUCAAAGAAUUCACAGUGGAAAGAAACCCUAUGAAUGCAAUGAAUGUUGCAAGACUUUUAAUUAGAGCUCAGACCUUAUUCGACAUCACAGGAUUCAUAGUGGAGAAAAGCCCUAUGAAUGUAAUGAAUGUGGAAAAGCCUUCAGAUGGAGCUCAGACCUUGUUAGGCAUCAGAAAAUUCACACCGGAGAGAAAGUUCAUGAAUGUAAUGAGUAUGGAGAAACUUUCAGUCAGAGCUCAGGUCUUAGCAUCAGAGACACCACACAGAAUCCUAGGAAGACAGUAAUGAUAAAAUGUCUAUAUAUAUAUAUAUAUAUAUAUAUAUAUAUUUGUUUUUAAAUACUGUUGUGUCUACCGUUAGCCAUCGUAACUAUAAUACUUGGAAAAUUCUAAGCUUCUUAAGAGCAAUUUUCAUCUGAUUCAGUUUAGAGUGUUCAGCCUCAGGCUGUGUGCAGAUUUGUCCUUCCUAAACACUUUCCACAAAGACCUUGAUGGGGUAAGCCUUUAAUUACAUUUUCACUCCUUACUUUAUCAUCAGAGGUUCCACACCACAGGGAAAUCUUGCAAAUGGAAGAACUUGCUUGUAAAGCACCUACAUCAUCACAAAAUUGUGUCCUUGUGUGUCUUCUUCAGCAGCACCAGGAAUCUAAUAACUUUUCCCAUCUUUUUAUCCAUAAUAUGAACUGUACCAAGGGAAUAUAAGAUAGGUGUGAUAUCCUGAACUCUAGAAUGAAUGGCUCUUCCUGGGACAGAGUCUAAUCCAAAAGUCUGAAAAUGGUCCUGAUGUUUUCUCAUUAGAAUAAAUGUCAAUAAAUAGAGUAGAUUAGGGAGUUUGAGCUUGUUCUUCCAUUCCUAGUAAAACCAGAUACAGAAGCAGCUAGUUUAAUUAGGAAAAGAAAGUGACUAGUAAAUCAUAGGACAGUUACCUUCUUUCAUAUAAGGGUAGAAGUUGUGAUGAAAUCUCUUCUGUAGGAUUUUAAAGUAUAAUGGCAUUUUGGAAUCUGACAUACUGAAAUCCAGGUUCUGUCACUUUUAAUCUAUGUAAUCUUAGGCAAUUUUUUUUUUAUGUUUCUGAGCCUUGGUUUUCUCAUAUGUAAAAUCAAGAUAACAAUAUCUCCCUUGGGCUAUCGUGAAGAUUAAAUGAGACAGUUUUGUUAAGCAUUUAGCAAAGUUCUAGACACAUAGUAUACAACAAAUGAUAGAUGUUUUUAUCAGUAGUUCCUAUGGGCAGUGUUUAUCUAAGGCAUUUUGAAGGAAAGGAGACAACAUAUUCUCCCAGGCUAAAGCCUUCUGGAAAAUUACAUGAUUCUGCAUUUCCUGAUCCUACUUGAAGUCAGAAGGGGCUUGGCUUAGUGUAAGUAAAUGGUAAGGAUUGGGGAAAGUGGGGGUGGGGGGGAUUUAUACAAAUUUUCAAGGAUGCUGUAUCUUUUUUCUUCUUUUAUUUAUUUAUUUUUUUUUGUGGUAAGAACACUCAACAUGAGAUUAACGCUCUUAACAAUUUUUUAAGUGUAUGACACAGUCUUUUAACUAUAGGCACAGUGUUGAACAGCAGACCCCUAGAACUUACUUAUCUUCCAUAACUGAAACUGCACCUGCCAAAUAGCAACUCCCUAUUUCUCCCUCCCCCCAACCCCUGGCAACCACUAUCCUACGCUUUGCUUCUGUGACUUUGACUAUUUUAGGUACUUCGUAUAAGUGGAAUCAUGCAGUAUUUGUCCUUCUGUAGGAUGCUGUAUCUUGGAAUAAUAAAGUUAGCAGUGAAUCUGAGAAAAGUUAUAUAGCACUAUAGAGUUGAAUUAAGAUUUUUCUUGGAGAGGCUAGCGUUAAGCUGAAAGUAUUAAGAAGUCAAAUCAAUAAGUAUCUUGCAAAUAUGAUAGUGAACUUUAAUUCCUGUAGGUGGCUUAACUGGUUUUGAGACAGUAAUAAUCAGAGAAAAUAAGGAGGUCUCAACUUUUUCACAUGGUAGAAGGCAACAAACAAAAGUCCAGGACCAGAUGGCUUCAUAGGCAAAUUCUAUCAAACGUUUAGAGAAGAGUUAACAAAACCCUGAUACCAAAACCAGACAAAGAUAUCAAAGAAAGAAAGAAGGAAGGAAGGGGGAGGGAGAGAGAGAGAGAAAGAAAGAAAGAAGGAAAGGAAGAAAGGAAAGGGAAGGGAAGGAAGAAAGAAAGAUGGAAGGGAGCAAAUUACAUGCCAUAUCAUAAAAGGCAAAUUGUAGUGAGUUGGAAAGUCUCUUUCGACCAUCUGAACUAUUUCAAAGGAGUCAAGGCACUGUUGUAUGGUUUAAUUUUUGUGUUCUUAUAACUCAUCGGGUCUCCAGUCCAGUGACCUUUCUAUCCAUUGUCCCUCCCUGGUUUUUACCCUUUCCUACUAGAUACCUCUGUCCAACACUUCAGCCACUCUUUUACCAAUAUCCUUUUUGCCUCAUUCUUCAGUCACGUGUACCUGGCCAAAAGAAAACUACCAUGGACAGUCCUAAUUGUCCUUCCCUGUGCCUGCACCUGGGUUGAGGAAGACAAUCACAAACCUAGGGAGACAUAGGCCUUUGGACACUCAACACUAAUACAAUUCUAGUCGGCACUCUCUCCCAUUGUCUGUCAUACCACUUAACACCUCCCCCUCUCUUUGCACAUCUAACCACCCACCCACCGCCCUUCUUAGCAUGCAAUCUCUUCACAAAGAAAGUAGAGACCUUUGCACAGAAACAUUUUCAACUUUCUGCUUCCAUUCCUUUCCCUCACACAUCUCUCAUAUACUGUACCCAACUUUGCUCCCUUCUUAAUAGAACUGCCUUUUCUCAUAUCUAGGGGGUCACCUUUCUGUCUGUGCCUUCUAUCCCACUCCCUCUGGGACCUCACCGCAUCCCAUUAUCCCAACUCCUUCCUGUAUCUUCACCUCUCUUCUCCACUGCCCCUUCCCAGCUGUGUACAAAUAUGUUCAAGUAUCUUGCAUCCUAAAAACCAAACAAAAUUCAACCCCAACCCAUUUUUUCCCUAUAUCAUCUCCCUUUGUAGCCAGUUUUUGCAGGAUCUUAGUUCCCCAACCAGGGAUCAAAACCGCAGUGAAAGCACAGAGUCCUAACCACUGGACCACCAGGGGAUUCCCACAUUGUCUCCAAUUCUUAACUCUCUUCCUCAACCCAUUGAGGUCUCUCUCCCAACACACUAUCAAAUCUGUCUUUACCAAGCACACCAGUGACAUUGGUCACUAAAUCUCCUCUUGAGCUGGCUCCUUUCCUCCAAACCAUUUCUUCCCUGAAGCAGGAUGGGUUUGAAUGUAGCAGUUGAGGAUGUUGAAAAUAGAGCAGGUAAAUAUGUUGAUGUCCUUUGGCUGCAGCUAGAGUACAAAUAAUUUCUCCUUUCAGCUUCUGAAUCUCUCAUGAAAUAAAGAUUUGGAGGAAAUUUCUCCCUACCUCUGAUGUUUAUGAGAUUAGAAGACCUAAAAUUCUGGUCAGUCAUGUGACACUAUGCCCAUGUCUUGUAUGGUUGGGCAUGAGUUAAGCCUAUGGUGAAGAGGGCCUUGAACAGCUGGGGACGAGUUUGGAAGGACUGGUUUCUCUGUCUCUGGAGUUUUAUUAGAAUCUUGGGUAAAAUGAUUUUUCCUCAUUACCUCUGAAGGGUAUCCAUGACCAUUUUUUGGAUGUGUGAUCAAGGAGACUGUACCCCCAUGUGCUUUCUUUCCUCUUAGCAUAAAGAAUCUGGAUCAGAUCUGGCAGCACCUUGAGAUCCUGAGAGUGAAAGUGAACUUGGCUUCUCUGAGCCUUGGUCUUCCAUUGCUGUUCUACUUGCCUCAGAACUGUUCACCUUUUUAAUCCAUCAUACACACCACUAUUUGAUUUUCUUGAAAUACUGCUUUUAUUAUCUCACACACAGACAUGCAAACUCACAUUCAGAAAGUAGCCAGUGGCUGCCCAUUACCUAAAGUAAAAGUUCUUGGCUUGGCAUUUAGUUUGAGGUCUGGUCUAAUUACUGUCCCUAAACAGCUAAUGCAUUGUCCUGACUCUUAUCUCAGGCUCUCCUGAUCCCCUGCGGCAUUCAGAGUCCCCACCGCUUAAACUAACUUUUUCUUUAAACACAGACAAUGUGUCUGACAGGUUCUGGCACACACUCAAUUCUUUAAAGGAAAAUGCCUUGUCGCUUUUUUUUUUUUUUUUUACAUUCAUUGUAAGAAAAAUUCAAACACUGAAGCAUGACUUGUUUGAAUGAACAAACCAAAGUCCUUUGUUUCUCCAGUCUCACAGCUUACA